AGAAAAUGCAAAAAGUGACAACGUGACAGAAAUGUUUUCUUAGAGUUAACACAGUUAGAUUUGAUUCAGUUUUAUAUAUUUUACUAUAGAUUUAAUAAGAGUAAUAAUUAGUAGUUUUUCAAGAUGAUGCAAAUUACUGAUUUUCAGAAAAUUGGUGUUGGUUUGGCAGGAUUUGGAAUAGCUUUCCUCUUUCUUGGUAUUUUGUUUUUCUUUGACAAGGGUUUACUCGCUAUUGGCAAUAUACUCUUUGUUUCUGGGUUAGCAUUUGUUAUAGGACUAGAAAGGACAUUCAGGUUUUUCUUCCAAAAACACAAAAUAAAAGCCACAGGUUUCUUCGCUGGAGGAAUAAUAAUCGUGCUGAUUGGCUGGCCAGUUAUAGGCAUGUGUCUAGAAAUGUAUGGAUUUUUUCUUUUAUUCAGUGGGUUUUUCCCAGUAGCAGUGAAUUUCCUGAGACGAGUACCUGUUGUGGGCACAAUAUUGAAUUUACCUGGAAUACGCACUGUAGCGGACAAAGUGGGAGAGUCUAAUUCAAUGGACAAAGUCUGACACAAUACAUAUCCUCCUGCAACAGAAAAACUACGAUCCUAAAAAAAUAUAUAUGCAUGUAUUGACCGUUAUAUGCUCGGAAAAUAACUCGACGGCAUCAAAGUGAAACACUCAUCAUAAUGUUGACAGUACAUCAGCAACCAUACACUUUAUAAUGAGCAGUCUGUGAAACUGUUGAGAAUGAAAUGUGAUCAUCAACACCUCGAAUAAUACUAUCAUCUGUAGUUAAAAUAUUUAAUGAAUAAACUUUUUUUCUUUCGAAAA